AUGUUAACAUCAGACAUGCAGGUUCCGGCCGCUGGGGAGCGUCAUAGGGGAAACAAAUUGGAUUUAGGUUCAACGCGUGCCAGUCUGGUCUGCGCCUAUGCUAUGCAAAGGGGUUGGCGAACAUUUAAUUUGAAUCGCGAGGCUUUCGGUAGACGUAAACAAGUAGUUUGUUGUACUGUACCUAUCAUCAUCCUGCUGGUUGCUAUGACUACCAGCACAAAAUAUACAUAUCGCAAGAGAUAA